ACUGCAAUUCUGUGUUUACACUGAUCCUACUGUCAAUAACAGACUGCUGCAUUGGCAAAGCCAUAUAGUGGCUGACGUGUAGGAUUUUUGUGUUGACAUCAUUUGAAUUUCAGAUGCGGGCGAAUAUGUUAAUCACUAGUCAGACAUGUUACUCCACCCCCUGCCUUUUAAGUGCGGCAAUUAUCACAGUCCCUGAAGCGAUAAGCCGUAUCAGUCACUUGCGGACUGUGGGAUUUAGGACGUUACUGUUACUUAAUCUCAAAAUGACUUGGAUCCUUACGGUCCUCAGUGGGGCAUGCUUUAUUCUUUUGGGUUCGGUGGGUGAUUGCAAAGAGAAAUUAAGUAGCAGAACGAUGUCUUUCCAUCAGACUCAGCUAGGUGAAAAACAGGGCCAAGUCCUGACACGGCAAAGGAGGGAUGACACGGCGUCUCCAAGUCCCACUUUCACCGCUUGUAAACUCCCUCUGACCCCAUACGAACUGGGGGUGUUGGAUCAAAACACCCACGAGACAGGGUUUCAUGGUGAUGAUGGUGCCAGUUUUACUCUUACUUGGGUUGGCGAUGGGACAGGGGUAAUCUUGGUGUUGUCUACAAUCAGUGCUCCUCUAGACUCCUUCUUUGAAGGGGCUUCUUCACGACUGUACCGCAGUGCAGACUAUGGCAAGUCUUUCUAUGACAUUUCCCAUCUUAUCAACAACACCUUCAUAAGGAAGGAUUUUGGGAUUUUGCCUGGACCAGGAAACUCUCAUCAGGUGAUUCUGACUGCGGAAACACCAGUCUUGAAUAACUCUGGUGGCGUCAUCUUUAUUUCAACUGAUGCUGGAGUGUCCUUUAAGUCUGUCCAGCUGCCCUUUCACCCAGCACAGCCAAUCACCUUCCACUUCCUGAAUCCUGAGUACUUGGUAGUCAUCAGCAUUGACGGGGGCCUGUGGCUUUCCGUGAACUUUGGGGCUGUGUGGAUAAAGGCUCAUGAAGGAACAUACUCUUACACAUGGGGGUCGGGUAUCACUCUUUUCUUCAGCUCCAGUCCCACUGGAACAGUGGAGUCAGACAGAAGGGGAGAGCUGCUACUGAAGAGGACGGAGGACCUGGGGAAGACUUUCACCACUGUGGCAGAAAACGUCUUUUCCUUUGGCUAUAUAGGAGGUUUCCUCUUCGCCUCCAUCAUAGAGACACUGGGCGCCCCGCGUGUCCUCUAUGUGUCUUCAGACCAAGGGGACAACCUAAACAAGGCCAAGCUCCCUUCUGCCUCCACUGAGCAGUUCUACUCGGUUCUGGAUGGGGAUGAGGAUAUGAUUUUCAUGCAUGUGGACGAUGCAGGAGAGGAAAGUUAUUUCGGGACGGUAUACAUAUCAGACGACCGGGGAAUCCUGUACUCAAAGUCUCUAGAGCACCACCUUUUCGGCGGUGAAGGGAAAAGCGACUUUACCAACGUCACAUCCCUACGAGGAGUCUAUCUCACCAACAUUCUGGAGGAGGAUGGCCGGAUUCGAACAGUCAUUACAUUUAACCGAGGAGGAAAUUGGAGAGCGCUUAACAAGCCCCAGAAUGUGGAGUGUGGUGAGGACGAAGGAAAUUGUAACCUGCACAUCCAUGGCGAGCACAGUCGCUUCAACAGCAUCACUCCUAUGCUGCCUCUCUCUGACCCCACCGCCAUUGGCCUUGUCAUCGCCCACGGCAGUGUGGGGGACUCAAUCUCGUCAACGCGGCCUGACGUCUUCGUUUCAGAGGACGGGGGCUACAGUUGGAGGGGUGCGCUGAGGGGGGCUCAUCACUACAGCAUCUUGGACUCUGGGGGGCUGAUCGUGGCUGUGGAGGCCCACCCCAGGGAUGGCCAAAUCAACACCAUCAAAUUCUCCACAGAUGAGGGCCAGUGUUGGAAGGUGUAUAACUUCACAAAGCAGCCUAUCUUCUUCGCUGGCCUGGCAUCAGAGCCGGGCACCAAGACCAUGAACAUCAGUGUGUGGGGUUACCGGCCUGAUGAAAACAACCAGCCCAUGUGGGUGGCUGUCACCAUUGACUUCCAGAGCAUCCUCACCAGGGAGUGCCGCACCGAUGACUACGUUCAGUGGCUGGCACAUGCUCCAGAGGGCGGAGACUCCGCUAUGGAUGGCUGUGUCUUAGGCUACAAGGAGGUAUUUUUUAGGCUGAAGAAGAACUCUGUCUGCAGAAAUGGACGGGACUAUGUGGUGAGCAGGCAAAUAAGCCCCUGCCCCUGUACCAGGGAGGACUACCUAUGUGACUAUGGUUACUAUCACCAUGAGAACAGCUCAGAGUGUUUGAAACAACCAGAGGCAGUAGACCAGACCCUAAACGUGUGUCAAAAUGGAGAGGAGGUGGAGCUCAUACCGUCAGGUUACCGUAAGGUCCCCGGUGAUUACUGUGUGGGAGGUUUCACACCCCUACGCAGAGAGGAAAGUGCCAAGCGGAAUUGUGGGAGUUCCAGUCAGCCUGCAACUCCAAGUGAACACUCAGCUCUCCCUGUGAGUGUGACCCAAAGGGAGACGAUGGUGUUGGUCGUGGCUUGCAUUGGCGUGGUGACUGUCAUUCUGGUUGCCGUCGCUAGUGUUGUGUACACUGUCACUAGAAUGUUCUAUAGAAACAGGGUGCCAGCAUAUCGCUUCUCUGCCUUACAGUUUCAGGACGACCCAGAGAGAGUCACUGUUACCAACAGAGCAUCCGUGGAUUCAGAUGACGUGAGUGUGAUUACCGUAAAACGUUGGUAAUAUUGCCGUGUCCCCCAGGACUUCUCUUUAGUGUAAAUUGUAAAAAUGUUAAAUGUGUGAACUUGUAUUUAAGAGAAACGUUUUAAUCAUUUUGAGCCAUAAUUUUGUCACAAUAUUGACAGUAUUAUUAAUUAUUUUAUUUUGUAGGACCUUAUUGAAUGAAUAACGUGAGACAUGUUGACACUGAACUCCAGUGCGUGGCCAUUUCCAUGCAUGGUUUCCCACUUACAGCAUUUCAUUGAAUCUGCCUGUUGCAUCUCAGUGGAAAGAUGUCAGUGAUUUCUGAUGUAAGACACAAAUGUCAGUUAUGGGUAUGGGUUUAGUUUUUCAGUAUUUAAUUAAUGUACAGUUUGACUGGUCAUACUAUUUAUUUAAGUUUCUUUGGCUUGUUACAUUCUGCUUUACCACUGUUCCCUUGUAUUUAUUUGGAUGAAGCCCUAAAACAGUUGCAUGCUUAAUGAAUAACUACAAUAAUGUUUGAAAAAAGGAUUUGUCAAUUUGUUUUCAUUCUCACGUGUACUAAAUCACUAUGUAUUUAUUUAUUUUAU